AAAGACCGAAAUAAAACUUCUACCAUAUCUAAUAUUUUAUCUGUCAGCAUAAGUCUCUUCCUCCUCCUAUCGUUAUCCAUUAUUAUUUCUCCCUAAGCUCCCCGUCCUCUGCAACACAGUUAAACUAUCGAUCCCAUUCGACUACAUCAGUUUUGUAUCACUACCACACCAAUCUCCUCUCCGCACACACGUUUCUUGUUAUUUUAUAUAAAAAAGGAAAAAAAAACUGUAUUAUUAUCAUACUGUGAUAUAUUUUUACCAUCGUCCAACAACAACUACCUUUUUUUUUUUGCUGAUUUUGGGUUAACUUUAGAUCUGUACUGUACGUGGAUUAAAGGCUAGAAAGUCUUAGUAAUGGGAAAUGCGAACGGUAGAGAGGAAGGAGAGAGAGACGACGGAGAAGGGUUAGAAAACGGUGAGUCAUCGUCGGUGAUUCGAAGUGGGGCGUCGAGUACACGGACAUCGGUUUCAAUAUUGGCUACUAAUGAUCAUAACCAUAGAAAUACUAUUCCUCCUGAUCAUGCUCCUGCUCGAUCCACAUCGCCUUUCUUGUUCGCUCCACAGGUUCCUGUUGCUCCCUUGCAGAGGCCUGAUGGCCCCCCUUCUUUUGAUCAGAUGUGGCAGAAUGAGGCUCCUGAGGUUGGUGAUGAAGGCCAACCCCCUGAGCAAGGAAUCCCUACAAUUAUCACAUGGAGCUAUGGAGGAAACGAUGUGGAUGUUGAAGGAUCAUGGGACAACUUUACAUCAAGGAAAAAGUUACAAAGAUCUGGUAAGGAUCAUUCUAUUCUUAUGGUCCUCCCACCAGGCAUAUACCAUUGUAAGUUCAUAGUGGAUGGAGAGUGGAGAUAUAUUCCAGAUCUUCCUGUAGUGACUGAUGAAAUGGGCUGUGUAUGUAAUCUUCUUGAUGUUCAUGAUUUUGUGCCUGAAAACCUUGACACUGUGGUUGAUUUUGAGGCUCCACCAUCUCCAGACUCCACUUACAGUCAAGCAUUUCCAGCUGAGGUUGAUUUUGCAAAGGAGCCUUUAGCAGUUCCACCGCAGGUACAUCUAACAGUCCUUGAUGAAGCUUCUUCUUCCAAGCCUCGACAUGUUGUGCUGAACCACCUUUACAUUGAGAAAGGUUGGGCAUCUCAGUCUCUAGUUGCUCUUGGACUGACUCAUAGAUUCCAAUCCAAGUAUGUCACUGUUUGCCUUUUUAAGCCACUCAAAAGGUAGCACCCUCCCACUUUCCAUCUGUGACUCUGUGAAGGAAUCACUUUCACGAUACAGUUCCUUUAGGGUUUUCUCUGUUUAUAGAAUUACUCAAGCUUUACAUGUUUCAUGUAGUAGUUAAAUUUUCUUUCUUUCAAGCAUUCCUGUUUCCUCAAUAUCAUUAUCAGGAAGGUCCACACGGUUUAAAAAUGAGUUAUAUACAUUAGUUAUCAGAUUCUUUUAUUGGAACCAUUGAAUGUAGUCCUUUAGAGGAGAGUGGCUUUCAGGUUCGAACUUGAAAUUCAACCUAAGCCACUUAUAGGUGAAGUUUGAAAUUCCCUCUAAUUCCCUCUCCCCUUAUGGCUACUAACUCUUCUAGUUGACCUAUAUUGGCUUGGUAAAGGUAUGAGCGACCUUUUUUUCAGUCAGACACUAUCAGCCUGCUGUGCAAGUUCCGCAUUUGGUUGAUGGUGGUUACAAUUGAUGUGCGGUGCUUAUUGAAUUUGUGCUAGUGUAAAGUAAUAAAGUGCCCUACCAGCUCAUCAAAAGUUGUUCUUUCCUGAGCUUGGAUUAUUUCAUGCCAGUUCAACUUAUUACUUUGCAUCCAACCCUGUUCAACUUAUUUCACACCAUUUCAAGUUAUGGUUUUUCUUUUCAAAAAAUAGUAUCUCAGCCUCCCAGGAGCAUCAAGGAACCUGGCAUAUUUAUCUGCACGUACUUAUUGCAGUGAAAAGCCAUGAUCCUAGAAAUAACGUCUGAUGUCGAAAAUAACAGGAACAAUUGAUUCUGAUCAUUAACUCAGCUGUGAUUUGUAUAGUUUUUCUGCAAUUUACUGAUCAUGUUGGUUCUGCAAAUUGUGACUGCUCAACAGGCAGUUUGAGCUUGAAAAGGUUAGAGAAUUCUUAUGCUAUUUGUAUUUGGAUGUCUUAUUUAUUUAUUGGUGCUUUGUUUCUACA